UCUUCCCCACGAUGACAACCUCGUCUCGAUCGUCUCAUCAUCCCUCCUGCAUGACGCGCCGCCUUCUGACACCAUGCAACAAGCGAGCCCUCGCGCGGCUCUUCCGCAUCCCGGCCUCCGCCGCCCUCUCUAUCAGGGCCUUCCGGUUCCGCAAUCUCCGCAAGUCCACCGCCAAGAUAAGCCCCCGCCACCGGCGCCGUGCCGGCCGAGGCUUCCGGUCGGUCCGCGCGGUGUUCUGGCCGUUAAUCCCUCCGUCUUCCACGCCGGCAACCUCGACAGAGAGCCAUACCACACGCAGGGUAGUUGCUGCGGCGGUACCAGAGGUGCCGGUGCCGUCGCCAGAGACGCCUGCGUAUGUGAAGAUGGUGGCGCGGCUGCGGUCGAGGACGACCGCGCGAAUUGGAGAGGAGAAAGAGGAGGCAUGCCGGAGUUUUGAGAGCUGCCUGAUGGAGAUUUUGACGGAGGAAGACAAAGCGCGGGACCUGCAGGACGUGGAGGAACUCCUACCGUGCUGGGAACGGCUCAAGUCGCCGGUGUUCGUUGAUCUGGUCUGCCGGUUCUACGGCGAUCUGUGCAAGGACUCGUUCUCCUCCGCCGCUUGGGGUGAGGACGGCGGAAACACUGACCGGGACGUGGGACCAGUUUCCAUGUCGGCUGCUUUACUAGUGUAA